GUAUGCUUUUUAAAAGGAUGUUUCUACUAUAGAUUGAUUUAUAUAUUUGAAAAGCUGAUAUUAUUCAUUACUUUCUAAACAAAAAGUGGGACGGACGAAAGUACUAUAUGAUAAAUACGCUGAAGGCAAUUUAUCUAAGCUUAACUAGACAUAAUGACGCAGAGUGCGUGUGACAUUUGAAGCGAUAACAAAAAUAUCCUACUCGAGUGCAUAGUGUUUAUUUACACACGAGAAUAACUAAACUAUGUAUAUGACUGAUACAGGUUUUAGUGUGUUGCAAAAUACUUAAUAAAUAGUGCGUAUGAAUCGUUGAGCAUCAAGUUUUAACAUUAUAAAAUCACUAUUGUUCGGAAACUGGAUUUUAUCAGGCAAUUCAGACUGAGAAGUUUAGCAGCAUGGGUACUUUUUACUGUAGCUGGUCUACGAUUGAAGGUUUCGGCUGAAAUAUCAAACUAUGCUAUGGAGGAUGAGUGUGGAAGAUUAAUCAAUUUUGCCAAAUUACAGAUCUACAGUGCGGAAGUUACAUUUUUAAGAAGUCCAUCAUUGUUUGGCAGUCGGUCAUGCGACCUUGCAUUAAGCAGCGGGAACUGGUGGGUGGAGGAGGUCUCGUGGAACCAAAUUUUAUUUCAAUUUUUAGAUUUUCAGAAUCAUGGAGACUCGUGUGUUUCCCUGAGACAAAGUACAGAUAAAAUCGACUGGGAUACAUCAAAUAAAAAGAUAAAUGGGCUUAAGAAUUCAUACUGUGGAAGCGAGAAGCCGCCCCUGAAUCAACCAUUUAAAACAGAAAAGUACCACUCACUGGUUAUCAAAUUCGAUGCCGCAAACUACAAGGAUGAUGCGUCCAUUUCCUUUAAACUUGUUGCUAAUGUUUUACAUUCUGAUGGGAAAUGCAGUUAUUACGAGUGUGACAAUGGUAACUGUAUCCCGACAGAAUUGAAAUGCAGUCAACACAAUCCUUGCGGUGAUAACUCGGAAUGCCGUCCCGACGGAAUUUCUGUAAAGACUGUUAUUUUUAUUGUGAUUGGAGUUAUCGCGGGACUGGUUUUAGCCUUUCUAUUUGUGAAAUAUUUCAGAUGUAGCAAACUUUGUAAAACGGAUGACAAUGAAUCCGUCGGCGAAGGGGAUGGGCUGGCAGAUUUGCAGGGUGGGGAGGGAAGAGGAACAGCUGAACCUAGUGCCCCACACUUACAUCCUCAAACUGGAGUGGAUGUUAAUGGAACAAAUGAUGACAUAGAACAAACAGAUAUGCUUCAUGACUCUAUGUUACCUCCUCCAUCUUAUGAAGAGGUCAUGAGACAAGAAAAAUAACUCCUGUAAUAUUGGCUGGCUGACCUGUCAUCUACAAAGACUUAACACCUUAUCAUAUAUCAUUCCUAAAUUUUCAUUUAUAGUCAACCUCCGGGCAGAAUUGCAGAAUAAAAUCAAAACGAAUAUCACUCUAAGUCACGUGGAAUAACUGCUCUGAUGACUUAAAACGCUCUUAAGUUUAUAUCGACAGACGUGUUAAGAAAAGUUAAUUGCUUAGCUCGGUGUUAUUAUAUUUUCUGGAGUCUAUUCAAGGUAAUUGUACACGGGCGUGAUACGAAAACGCAACUAUGUAUGUAUUGGGAUAUAUCACGGAAAUGUUUUAAAUGACAGUCAUAAAUUAUGUAUCAAUUUAAUCAGUGACAUACUAUAAAUGCAUGUUUAUUCAACAUCAGUCAAACUUGUUUCUUUCAAUCUAUGAUUGUUUUCUGAAAUGGGUCUUGGCAGUUACAAUAAUUACUUAAAUAACUAUGGACAUUUUAUCUAAGUAGGUAAGUUCUGUAGAAGACCAACUGGGAUUAAAAAUAAAUUUGAAAAAAAGUGUUGAAAAAACACAUUAGUCACAGAAGCAAGACUUAGAAAACUAUAAGUAUGCGAAUAUGCAGACAAGCGAGUCGCGCUAUGUUUGACAGACGCCUUUGUAGUUUGUAAAAGAAUCUUGUCAGUUUUUUUAAUCUAAUAUUUUAGGCCUUUAUACUAUUGUCAAUUUCCAUCAGUUACUUGAUCUCAGCUGACUUUAUAUUCACUUAAUCUAUCUACUUACAACAAUGCUGUAGCAACAUCACACAGAUACAGAUAUUUGGGUCAUGCGUUUGAUGGUUGAGGAAGAUCCCAUGUGCCCCUUCGAGCGUUAUUUCAGGCUCGGACGGGCACUUGGGUAGAACCACUCCAGAAUAUUUAUAUCAACAAUACAUCAUUACUGUGUAUUUUCUGUUCGGGUGUUUGUCAUAGCGUUAAUGCGCAUUUCAAAUACUUUUCUAGUUUUGUACAAACAUCUUGAGAUGUAUGUCAGAUUUACUUUUUAGCAUGAUUUGUCAUAUUUUUUUUAUUACUUAUUAAUUUGUAUGAUUUCUACGUUACUUAAAAGUUAUGUAAUUGGCCUUUUUUCAAUAAAAUAUUAUAAUGUU